AUGAUAUUGCGUUCAAGCUAAAAAGAAUUUGUAAAAAAUAAAAUAAUGGAUGACAAAAUAUUGCAAAAAUGCAUGAAUCUAGAUCUCGAUUAGAGAACGCGAAGUGAAAAUACGAGAUGGCGCUAUAUAUCGCUUGACGAAUUAAACGCCGUUUUUUUGGGGAGAACGUGACAAAUUUCCAAAAUUAUGAAUGUGAGGACGAUUUCUUGAGUAAUUACGAGAAAAUUUUCGCUUUUGGGAUGUCCUACGGAGUGUUACGUCAUGCGAUAUCGAUCGAUUGAACAUUUUUAUACUUAUGGAAGUGCAUUGGGCUCUUCAAUUUCAUCGGACGAGGUGGCCGAGUGGUUAAGGCGUUGGACUGCUAAUCCAAUGUGCUCUGCACGCGUGGGUUCGAAUCCCAUCCUCGUCGAAUAUUUUUUUUCUUUUAAUUUAAAAUCAUUAUUGAAAGAGCGAUAUGCAGGGAUCGUUCUUAGAGAAAAAAUUAUAGAAAAUUAAAAAUACAGCUAUUGUUUGGAGAAGUGAAAAAAUUGGUAAUUUUCCAACAUUUUUUUACGAUCUCAUCAGUCAUAAUAUGAGAGCUGCACUGAAGUGUAAUGACAGCUGAAAUCGUGGGCCUCUCGGUGACAUUUCACGUUCGCAAAUCGGCUCGACAUUAUUAACCUUUAAACGAUUUUUUCGGUUUUGAAUCGCCACUGUCACAUUUUUACUUAACUUUUCCGAGGCAAAUGGAAUAAUUUGUAAGUUAAAUAAUUUAUUAUGACUGAGGAAUAUAAAAUAAUGGAAAAUGAGAUGGUUCCUGAAGAAAAUCAUGAAAAUCACACCGUUCGUCCGAGCGGUCGGAGCCACCCUAAAGUAACAAUAAAAAAGACCUUCGCCGAUAUUCAUCGGAGCCGCAGAUUGAAUACAAAUGGAGAAAUUACCAAAACUGAUGGAUCCAUUCGUCCGAAAAUCGAAUGGUCAGCGGGCACGAUCGAUGUAGGAACUCCUCAAAAUCAUACCGACAACAGAAGCACAGUUUUCGAUCCCAUGCUCCCGAUUCUUGUGCCAAAUAAACCGACUAGCAAUACCGCCUUCGGAAACACCAAACGCCCCGUCUCAACGGCACCCAAUCCAUGGGAUUCCAUCGACGUUCAGCCUACGCAACCUGAAGAAAUAAUUCACCUGAUCACUCCAUCCGAAGGCGUUGGCAAAGCGAACACCGCGCGAGACACGAUCGAGAUGAGGAGGAAAAAAAGCAUCGUUGAUAAAUUCCGAAAAAAUGUGGUCAAAGUUAUCGCUGCCAAAAAGUUUGAAGCACGAACGAUCUCGAGGGAAGAGUCACCAAGAGAAAAUUUAAAGAUCACUAACCCCGAAGAAGAAUUCGAAUCAUUGAAUGAAAGAUUCGUGCGCGAAGGGGUUCUUCCGAAAGAUUUUAAGACGAAUUUCGUGCCGGCGAUUCCCACUCAAGGGACAGCCGAAAAAAAACGGGUGACAAUCCAGAACGCAUCGACGGAACCGGAGACGAAUAAAAGGCCAUUGCCAGCAAGACGAAGCUGCGAGCCUCAGGACGUGAAGGAUUUACGGAGGCUUCGUGAUUCCGAUUGUCAACCGGGGUCUUCUCGAGAUGCGAAGCCGAGACGAGAACUCGGUGCCGGUCAAACCGUCGAUGAACUUUUCCCGACGUCAAAUUUCUCCGACAGCGGAAAUGACGUCUUAACAAAAAAUACGAGAACCGAUUCCCCGCUCGGAUCAAAUGGGACACGAAAAAACGGCGAUCGCUUCAAAAUCGAAAAUCCCUUCUCAGACUUUUCCCUUCAAACUCUCAGUCCUAACAAAAUUCCUUUCAAGCUUGACCUCGCGGAAACUGAGACGAUUCCUUGCCAUCUCGAUCCCAUCGAACCUAGCACCAGCAAAAAAGUUUCCUCCAUCGACGCCUUCAGAUCGAAGGUCAGUGCCACCGACAUUGUUGAAAAUCCCCAAAGCGAAACCGGACAAUCAAGUUUCUUGAAAACCCAAGAGUCUCGUAUGAAGAAAACGUCAUUUUUAGAUACACCAGUGACGAUCACAAGCUCCGAAAAAUUGUUCAGCACGGUACGAAAAAAAUGGAUGAAUUUCGCGAGCGCUCCCAACACCUGGAACGAUCUCAACCAGCUGAACGAUUCGUGGACGUUGAGUCCUUCGUUUCGACGAAUUUUCGGAGAAAAUUUCGUUUGGUCUUGCACUCCUGUAAAAUGUUACGAGUUCGACGAAGCAACAAUGCGAUUUCAGCGUUUUUCGAAAGCUCUCCAAAUCAACACUAUCGAUAAGAUUGCUGGCAAAAUGUUCGACGACCUUCCAAUAACUGACAAUUUUGUUAGAAUUCACUUAAUAAAUUGCCUGGAGAACUCACUUCCAAUUAUUAUUUUUAAUCCCAUGGAUACUUUGCGAAUUUUUCGUCGAAAUAUCGGCAGAGAUUAUUUACAGCUUCAGGACAAAGAGGAAUUAUCCAGAGUAGGUCAAUCAUUGGCAAUGUCCCAAGGUCGCAAAGAAUACGCUGUUUUACCUGAUGACCUGAUAAGUGAUUUGUGCAGACAAGGAAAUAUUGUUGAAAGAAUUACUCGAUACGUUGUUGAUGUUAUUCUGCCAGAUUAUUUCGAUAAUCAACAUCGAUUUUCAUAUUUCAACCCAAUGUCAGUGUUUACGAAUAAUUUUAAUGUUGUUAAAUGUCCUGAUUGGGAAUCUCGUUGCGAACGAAAUAAUCAUCAAAGUGUCCUUAUCGAACGUGAAGAUACUUCAUUCGUAGAUUACUUCGAAAAGUUUUUGAAUUUUCGUCAAUUAAAUUGAGCGUGAUGAAUUUACAAAGAUUUUUGGUUGAGAUGAUUCGAUAAUAAGAAUCCGUUUGUCAGAUGUGCUUGAGGAAUGGAAAUUUUCGAGUGCUUUUGUAAACAAGAAACAUAUGCAAAAAUAAAGAUCUGGUAAUCGUGA